AUGCCGACUGAAGGAGUAUUCAUCUCGCCCUCGGGCAAAAAGACGUUCAUCCCGCUCGAGAAUAACCCCGACGUCUUCACGUCACUGGUCCACGACCUCGGCGUCUCCCAGCAACUGGGCUUCUAUGAUGUCUACAGUGUCGAAGACGCACACGUGCUCUCGCUGGCCCCGCGCCCUGCCCUCGCCCUCAUCUUCAUCACGCCGCCCGACAUGUACCGGGCCGUCCGUGCCGACGACGGCCUCGUCAAGCCCGCGGGCGACGCUCUGACGUACGACCAAAGCGGGAGCUCGGAGCCCGUCAUGUGGUUCCGGCAGACCAUCGGCAACGCAUGCGGGCUCAUUGCCCUGCUCCACUGCGUAGCCAACGGCGAGGCAGCCGACCUCGUCAAGCCCGGUUCUGACCUGCACGCUCUGCUGGAACGGGCAACGCCGCUCAAGCCGAUACCGCGGGCGGCGGCCCUGUACGACAGUGAGGAGCUCGAGAGGGCGCACAUGCGCGCCGCGCGGCUGGGAGACACAGCCGCCCCGAGGGCAGAGGAGCACGCGGUCUACCACUUUCUCGCCUUUGUCAAGGGCAAGGAUGGUCAUCUGUGGGAGCUCGAGGGGAGCGUUGAUGGACCCAUUGACCGCGGGGAGCUGGGUGGCGAGGAGGAUCUGCUGAGCGAUCGUGCCCUGGACCUGGGCGUGAGGAGGUUUCUGAAACACGCAGGCGGGAAUUUGGAGUUUAGCCUCGUCGCACUGGCGAAAAGGCCGGCAGAGUAG